AUGCUCUCCCGAACGACGAGGCACCUCGCGCCCCUCCGCACCUUCGCAGCGCGCCAAUCCCCAUCCACUUCGCAGUAUCCCACUUCCCUAAGGGCACGUUUCUCCUCUUCCUCCUCCUCCUCGUCUUCUCCUUCGCCGGGAAGACGGGAAGAACCUCGAUCCCCUAAUGCGCAAUUCUACAAGACCUUCGGCCGCCCCAUGGCCAAGGUCUUCCUCCUCGCCGUCUUAACCUACCAACUUGCGUACUACUUCUGGGUGCGCCUGGAGAACAACGAGAUCAAAGCCGAGAUGCGAGGCAAGCGCUCCCCUCCCUCACUCUCCUUACGUGAAAUCCGCUUCUUAGAAGCUAACAUAAACAAACCAAAUUACAGCGAUUAUUUCCGAUCUCGAAGCCAGGAUAGAACAGCUCGAAAAGGCGCGGAAUAA